AUGAAUGCCCCUCAUGCUUCGCAUCUGGGAGGUGUGUGGGAACGACAGAUCAAAACAGUCGGAUCAGUCAUCACCGCUCUUAUGACUGAACUCGGCGACCAACUCGACGACGAGACUCUACGCCCGCUCUUUACAGAGGCAGAGAAUAUUGUUAACACUCGCCCAUUAACGGCAGAUAUCUCCGACUCCGACAGUACGUCCAGAACCAAUAACACCAAUGCAACUACUUACCCUGAAAUCUAAAGUUGUACUGCCACCACCGGGACAGUUCAAUCGACCCGAUGUCUACAGUCGUAGAAGAUGGAAGCUUGUGCAAUUUUUAGCAAAUCAAUUCUGGCAGAGAUGGAGACUCGAAUACCUCCACAACUUGUAAAUCAGAUCUUGCAAAACAAAACCUUCAGGUUGGUGAUAUUGUUAUCGACAAAGACGAAGACCUUCCGCGAAAUCAGUGGCAGUUAGCGAAAGUCACAAAAACUUACCCCAAUGAUGAUGGUCUAGUUCGAAAAGUUGAGAUUCAGAAGGCAACAGGCAACCUUGAUAAGACUGGAAGAAGAAAGAAUAGCCUCAGCAGCUUCGAACGUCCAAUUCAUAAGUUGACAGUGUUGUUAGAAAUGGUGGAGCAAGUAGAGACCGAAAGGAACGUCUCCGCCAGGGAGCAAUAA